UGUGUUUGGUGUGUCCGGGAGCUACAGAGAGAGAGAGAGAGAGAGAGAGAGAGCAGCCAAAAUGGCGGAGAUGAAGACCAUCGGCGUGGUGGGCGGCGGCCAGAUGGGCUCGGGGAUCGCCCAGCUCGGCGUCGUCCACGGCUUCCAAGUCUGGCUCCUGGACCAGGACCCUCAGGCCCUCGCUCGAUCCGCCGACUACAUCGCCGCUUCGAUCCGGCGCCUGGUCUCCAAGCGCGCCCUCUCUCAGGCGGGAGGUGACGAUGCCCUGCGCUCCCUCCACUGCACUUCGAGCUUGGAAGAGCUUCGGUCGAGUGAUUUUGUCAUAGAGGCCAUAGUGGAGUCUGAAGAUGUCAAGAAGCAGCUGUUCCGCGAUUUGGACAAGAUCGUCAAACCCUCUGUUGUUCUGGCGUCCAACACAAGUUCGAUCUCCAUCACUCGCUUGGCCUCCGCCACGACGAGACCCCAUCAGGUCAUUGGCAUGCACUUCAUGAAUCCUCCACCUGUGAUGAAAUUGGUUGAGAUUAUUCGGGGCGCAGACACAUCGGACGAGACAUUUACCAUCACGAAGACUCUUGCUCAAAGAUUCGGGAAGACGGUUGUAUGCUCGCAGGAUUACUCUGGCUUCAUAAUUAAUAGGAUCCUGAUGCCAAUGAUAAAUGAAGCGUUUCACACUCUCUACACUGGGGUCGCAACAAAGGAGGACAUUGAUGCUGGAAUGAAGCUCGGGACAAACCAGCCGAUGGGUCCUCUGGAGCUCGCGGAUUUUAUUGGGUUGGAUGUAUGCUUGUCAAUAAUGAGAGUACUCCAAGCGGGAUUGGGAGAUAGUAAAUACGCUCCGUGUCCUUUGCUAGUGCAGUACGUCGAUGCAGGUCGCCUGGGAAGAAAACGAGGUAUUGGGGUAUAUGACUACCGCAAAGUACCUGAACUGGUCAAACCAUCUGCUCGACUGUAAGUGUUAUUCCCUGGGGAGAAAUAUCAAGGUGGGGAUAGUGUAUCUAAAUAUGAAUAGAUACAGUGAAUAAGAUAUUAAUCUGGUGAACGUAUGAAAUGUAUACAGCACCCUUGGAGAAUAUGUUUAUAUUGGGGCACUUUUCCAUAACAAAUUCUGUCGAGGAUGAAAACCUGAAGGCGCAAUUUGUGAGGAGAAGCUUACAAGGCUUGAUAAAUGAUGAAGUUGCACAUAUUUUGGUUUCCCCAGAAAUAUCAGCUCACUGGUAUGACUAUAUCAGAAGGCGAAUCGAUGGUAGUAGUACCAAGCGAUGGGAACACGAGCAGAAGAAGAGAGAAUUUGGGAUGCAAAAUCGUUUGGGAUUUCAUGAUAAUUUAAGUAUCAAGCCUUGUAAGUUUUCCACCACAAAUUGCACCUCCGGGUUUUGGAUGGUGUCCCAAGAUGAAGAUGUUCACCAAGGGUGCCGUAUAUAUUUUGCAUACAACUCUAAAAAGAUAUAAUAGUCGUGGAAGGUAAGCCGAGAGGUGUAAGAUUCUUGCGCUGGACAUUACCUCUUGUAAUUUCUUCCAUGUUUUAAACAUUAUAUCCUACAUUAAUGGAAGUCUCCUCAUUGUUACGCUCAA